AUGUCCAGCUCUGCCCCUCUUUACACCGACGGGGAACGCAUAGGCCAAGACCAGCUGAGCAUUGACAUGCCCCACGAUGUCUACGAAGGAGACGAGGUGGUGGUGCGGUGCUCUGGGGUAAGCGGCGGCAUGAUAGGGGAAGUGAUGUGCUACAAGGAUGAGUCUCUGCUGGCCACUCACUACCACGCCUCAGGCUACACCAUCCCAAAGGCAAGCCCCAGUGACAGCGGCUCCUAUUCCUGUGAGGUCCACCAGCUGGUCUUCUACAGAUUUACGACAGAGAGAACGAGGUCUGUAUGGCUCACUGUCCAAGAGCUGUUUCCGGCUCCCACGCUGACCAUCAGGCCCUCGCUGCCCACCAAGGGGAGCUCAGUGACCCUGUCCCAUGACACCCAGCUUCCCAGGGACAGGUCAGGGACACAGCUUUGCUACUCCUUCUUCAGGGAUGACCACACCCUGAGAUCGGACGGAAACUCAUCAGAGUUUCAGAUCUCGGCCAUAUGGAAGGAGGACUCGGGAUACUACUGGUAUGAGGUGGCCACGGCAUCCCACAGUGUCUCGAAGCCGAGUCCUCGGUCCCACGUGCUUGUGCAGAGUGUCCCAGUGUCUGCCGUGCUCCUGGAGACCCAGCCCCAGGGGGGCCAUGUGCUUGCAGGGGAACGUCUGGUCCUCGUCUGCUCUGUGGCUGAAGGCACAGAGGACACCACGUUCUCCUGGCACAGAGAGGACACGGGGGAGCGUCUGGGGAGCACGCGUCAGCGUUCCCAGAGAGCAGAGCUGGAGAUCCCUGCUGUCGUGGGGAGUCACACGGGGUGGUACUACUGCACAGCAGACAACGGCCACAGCCUCGCCCGCAGCGGGGCCCUGAACGUCACCGUCACAGUCCCAGCGUCCUGCCCUGUCCUCACUCUCAGGGCACCCGGGACCCGGGCCGUGGUGGGGGACGUGGUGGAGUUUCACUGUGAGGCUCAGAGGGGCUCUCCCCCGAUCCUGUACCGGUUUUACCAUGAGGACGUCAUCCUGGGGAGCAGCUGGGCCCCCUCUGGAGGAGGAGUGUCCUUCAACCUCUCUCUGACCGCAGAACAUUCUGGAAAGUAUGCCUGUGAGGCCAACAACGGCCUGGGGGCCCAGCGCAGUGAGACGGUGACCCUCAGUGUCACAGAGCCUCCGCCCAAAAUCCGCUUGGCGAACGGCGCCCACCGCUGCGAAGGACAGGUGGAGGAGGAACAGGACGGCCGCUGGGGCACCAUGUGUGACGACGGCUGGGACAUGGCGGACGUGGCCAUGGUGUGCCAGGAGCUGGGCUGUGGAGCGGCCAAGCACACCCCCGCAGGUGCGCUGUACCUGCCCUUGGCAAAGGAGGACCAGUCCAUGCUCAUCCAAACGGCCCUGUGCUCAGGCGAGGUGGCCCUGGCUGAGUGUGAGCAGGUGGAGACCUUCGACUGCGACCACAGCAAGGACGCAGGGGCCGUGUGUGAAGCAGAAGAGGGCCCUGUGCCCCAGUUCACGGUCUCCAGAAAUUCGGCGCUACUAGGUCCCGGACAGCAGGGAGAAGGGGUCGCCGGCGCUGGCUACCGGACACUUCUCCCGUGGCUAUGUGGAACGCGGAUCAAGUUCAAGGAGAGCCGGCUGCAGCUAGGGAGCACGGCAGGGGCGCUGCUGAUCCUGGACGGCGCACCACCGAGCCGUGGCCUCAGGACGCCCAAAGACGUUGCCUUUCUGCGUCUCUGGUUCUUGUACCCACAGCUCAGUGGACACUCUGGAGAGUCACCCUACUGCGACCAGUUUGACAAGAUCCACCCAAGAAGGCUGCCUGCCAGAGCCAACGGGCUACACCGGUCGGCCGAGGCCCGGCCCUGCCCGGGGGGACGCAGGCUGACGGCGCAGCUUCACCUGGACGCGGCCAGCGCCAAGUGCAUCCCGGAGCCCAGAGCUGCCAGCCGGAGUGACACAUGCACCCCCGUCACUGGCCGGAGCAGGUCCUCCAGCGACGCUCCAGCUCAGCAGAGACAGGGGGAGAGAGAGGCACUGCCUCACAGCAAAACCAGACUAACUGCACCACCCAAGGACAUGCUCGGGGCCGGGAUGCCUGCGCUCCCCUUCAGGCCCAGGUCUUUGAAUGUCCUCUCCGACCGCCACCACGCCAGCCCCGAGCAACCUGGGCCGUCUCCUGCGCUGGUCCUGUGCGGCUCAGGCCUGGACCCCCGGUGGCUCGGGAUGAAGAGGAGCUGCUGUCCCCAGCUCAGGGGCUUCUACCCCGCAGCCCACGACUCCGGGACAUGGUGCCAGGAGACGUAG